AUGGAAAGCGUGGCACGCUCUACGAGGAAUGAUCUCUUUCAGGAGCUCAAGCCCAGAUGCGUGGAGCUCUCCCAGCUAGCACUCAGAGACGAUGGCAGUACUUCCAAUCAGAAAGCCCUGAUAAAGUCAGUGACCGAACUUCUGCUCGUCCUCGAAGCAAAGUGCCAACGAAACGAUGGCACAUUUGACGAGAAAUUGGCCGAUUAUGUCUUCUUCCCGCUCUCCCAGAUCCUCCGAAGGAAGCAGAAAUAUACAGACAGGCUGUCGGAGUUGACCAUAAGAUGUGUGAGAAUACUGUUAGAGUACGGUUGGAUGCGUGCCAUCUCCUUGGACCUUGCCAAACAACUUCUGAUACUCCUCACAUUCGUUGCUGGUGGAGUUCCCGGGAAGGAGACCGUAGCCGCGCCUGAAGAGUUGAUGCUCGAGGCAUAUAGAUCACUGGCGGCUUUGUUUCGCGACUUAUCGGUGACAUCUGGAGGCCCGUCCGCACUCAUCGAAUCUGGAACGAUACCAGCAUUGGGACAUUGCAUUACAGUGAUUCUCGAUGGAGUGGUGGACGGCCCAACUAUGGAUGUACACUUCCAAGCCUUGCAUGCGUUGCAUGCAGCUUGGUCCUGUAUCAAAGACUCUCAGGUUCUGUCUAACUUCCUGCCCGCUACCAUAUCUGCGCUCACGAAGUGUCUCGUGCCUGGAACCAUCACGAGAAGGUCCCGGAAAACCCUGGUCAAGGCAUUGGAAGUACUCUGCCAUGUUCUUCUUUCUCUUCUGAGUGAUAUUCGGACGCGAAGUAUCAGAAAAGAUGCCGAGGCACCAUCAGAGAAGACAGUCGAAGAUGCCGAACCAAAGAAUCUAACCAGUUCAUGGUUGAAUGCGACCGUUGCUCAGAUCAAAUUAGCUCUCUCGAGCAUCAUCAGACUUCGAAGCCACGAGUCUGCGGAAGUACGCAAAGCUCUUAACAAAUUUUGCAUCACCAUUCUGGACGAGUGUCAUGACACACUAGCCGAUUCUGCCGGCAUGCUCGUUGAGACUUGCAUGAUUCUGAUGGGAGUUGAUGCUGAUGACGAUUUGAGUACGAAGGCGACGUCUAUUGUUGAUCUUGCAUCUAUACAUCCCGAUCUAAGUGAUCUCAUCAAGAACACCAUCUAUAAUUGGGUGACUAGCCUUCCAAGAGUGAUGCAGUCAAACGAUGAAGCUGCAAAGCUUGCUGCUCUUGGCCAGCUUUCUAAAGCUCAUGAAAUUCUUCGAGGACUUAAUCUAGAGUCUUCAAUCUUGGAAGAUGCUCUUGGCAACUCUCUUCGAGACAGCAUCACUGCUACACUAGAAACUGCACCUGUAAAGCAUUUACAGGAAGAAGACUUUGACCUGAAUAGCCAAUCUGCUUUGACUUUGGCAACGGAGGGAGCUUCUUCUUUGACAUUCAAACCUGUCGUCAUGGCUGAAGAGAGUCAGCGGAAGACUCGAGAUCAGCUUACAGCAUUACUUGGCAAUCUGGGUUCAAGAGAGUCACAGAUUAAUAUGGCGAGUGAGAUGCUCGAGUACGCUCGUGGGGCCGCUGGACCCAGUCUGCUCUCAGCCUAUUGGCUGUCGUCUCAAAUUUUAAUGUCUGCAGCAUCUCAAAAUAAGGACUUCGACGAGUUCUUCGAAUCCUCUCUGACUCUGUCUGAUGAGCAAGAGGCAGCAAACCAGGAAUUAUACCAGUUUUCGAUAUCUCUCCUCGCAAAUAGUGAUGAGAGGACAUCCGACUGGCGAAUGCAAGCCAUCGCCCUGGAAGUUCUUGCAGGCACUGCUCAAUGGAUGAAGGAAGAAUUCAAGACAGAGUUGUUAGACACAUUAUAUCCAGUUGCACAGCUUUUAGGCUCAUCAAGUUCACAAUUACGAGAACACGCAAUCAUUUGUCUCAACAUAAUCUCGAACUCUUGUGGCUAUAAGAAUGCAAGCGAUCUCAUAGUAGAUAACGUGGACUACAUGGUCAAUGCCAUCUCGUUGAGGCUCAACACAUUCGAUAUAUCACCCCAGGCCCCUCAGGUAUUGGUUAUGAUGAUUCGACUGACGGGUCCAUCACUACUCUUGUACCUCGACGAUGUGGUAGAGUCUAUCUUCGCCGCAUUAGACAAUUUCCAUGGUUACCAUCGCCUAGUUGAUGUUUUGUUCUCUGUACUAGGAGAAAUCGUCUCUGUUGGCUCAAACUCAGAUCUACUACAAAUCACAGACACUCCAACCAUCGACCAUCAAAAGAAAAGUCCUCCGCCCAUUACAAUGGACGACAUCGUCAAGCUUCUCAAACCAAAACAGAUAGCCUCCGACACCAUACCCCAUGAAGACUUCCCCAGCACCCCCUGGAAAUCAGCCAAAACUCUCCUCGACGAAGCAGACGCCUUCGCCAACCCCACCGACGAAGAAGACCCCGCCGCAGAAUCAGAACAACCACAAGAACUCACGCCCCCACAGCCAACGCAAACCUACACCAUGCUCCGCUCCAUCGCCCUUCUCUCCCAACACUACCUAACCUCCGCCUCUCCCCUCCUCCGCUCCAAACUCCUCCACCUAAUCAGCACCUCCUCUUCCGCCUUAUACCUCGAUGAGAACUCCUUCCUCCCACUCGUAAACGACAUCUGGCCCGUCCUCAUCGCGCGGAUAUAUGACACGGAGCCAUUCGUCAAGAUAGCAGCCUGCGACGCCGUCGUCACGAUGUGUCAUUCAGCUGGAGAUUUCCUGGCGACGCGGAUUAGCAAUGAGUGGAGCAAUAUAAUGGUUCUUGCGCGGAACGCGAAGCGGGAAGUGGAGAGAGAAAAGGGGAAGGGUAGAGGCGGGAGGGGGAUUUAUAGCCAGAAUAGUCAGGUUUGGGAGGCUGUUGUUAGGUUGUUGGUUGCGGUUGUGGGGUACGUGAGGAUUGAGGACGAGGGGUUUGAUGAGGUGUUGGGGAUAUUGGGGGAUUUGGUGUGGGAGAGGGAGAGUGUGAGGAGUGCGUUGGAGAGGGUUAAUGCUGAUGCGGUGUGGUUGUGUAUGCAGGAUGCUGGGAAGAAUAGGAGGUUGGAAGUACCAAGUAUAGAGGGGUUCAAGUUCGCGGCUUUAGAUGCCGGUGUUGUAGCCUAG